AUGCGCAUCAAAAAAACCCAAGUUCACGGUAACAAACCAGAAAUCGCUGAUAUGGCAAAAUCUGGAGCCAACGAAUCAAAAUCCGCUAAAACAGCCACAACAACAAAGAAAACGACGACGACGACUGUCAAACCGAAUGCCAAGAGCCCAACUCGCGCAGCAAAAAUCGCCGAAGCUGAAGCCGCUGCCUCAAAAUCCGAAUCUGACUCGAAAAAAGAAUCAAAAACUGCAAAAACUGACGCGAGUAACGUCACAAGUGAAGUCGAUAAGAGCACGAAUACCAACAAAAAGAAGAUAAAAUCUACGACACUCGUGAAGAAACCCAUUGGCGGCAAUGCAAACAACAAAAAAUCGGCAGCUGCCACGUUGCUCAAACGCAAAAUCAAUAUCAUGAAGAAGAAAGGAGGUGUCGCAAAGAAAAAAUCCUUGUUGCCGCCGAAGAAAAUCAGUAAUGAGCUGAAAAAUUUGGGUAUUGACAUCUUGCUCGAUGGACCCAAAGGGUUCGGCUUGAAGCAAACAACCAAAGUUGACGACUGCAAAACGUCAAUUUGCGAAUCGGUCAAGACGAAAUCCCGCUCAACGGUGAGUGCAUCGACAAAUUACGUUCCUUUUAUGAAGGUAAGCAAGAUAAAAUCGGGUCAAACGAAGACAAAUACCGAUAAAACGGGCACGGAGGAUGAAAAAAAGGAAUCGGAAAUGCCGACGACAAUAAAAGAGGAUUUGUCCAAUAUUGCAACUACUGGCAAGGGAGAUAAUAAUAAGAAGAAAGAUGCGACGAAGCAAGACGAUGAGAACAGUAAGAAGGUAAAAGGUAACGAGACCCCAACUCCGGUAGCGACGAAGGAAGGUGCACCAAAGAAAAACGACGAACAAAUUGAUUCAUUAAUCAAAAAAGGUGCCACAAAUGUGAAAAAGGUAACUGCCAAGAAAAACAAUGCAAAAGCGAAAGAGACGCAAGAUAAAUUGGCUAAUAAUGAAGAAAAGUUGACAGAAAAUGACAAAGAUGACAAACGAGACGAAAGCAAAGAGUCGACAGACAAAUCAGUGGCAAAGGAAAAACCGAAACGAAAAAAUAUGAAAAAAUCUCCAAAAACGGCGAAAAAAGAAGUAGAAGCAAAAAUCUCACCUGAAACUGAAACAAAAGACGAAACUUCAAAAAUUGACGAGAAAAAGGAUGAAAAACCUCUUGAAACUCCAAUUUCACGUCCUCAGAGCACAACUGCCAGCAUCGGAUCCGUUUCAGUCUCAUCAAAGGAUGUUUAUGAAUUUUCCGCUACAAGUCCCGUUCGCCCGAUGAUCCGUCGCGAGCCCAUUUUCAAGCAUAAGGCAAAACUCAAGGCUGAAGCAGCAGCCCAACGACAACAACAGCAACUCCAAGCUCCUUCAAGUAACAGUCCCGUUUGCAUUUCCUCGUCUUCUGUGGCGAAAACUGACGUUUCGAGUGACGACAAAAAAGAAGUUGAACCUGUUGUUGAUGCCAGCUCUGAAAAGAAAGACGAAAAAAAUGAAGAAUCGAGCAACAAAGAAGCGGAAAAAGAAGUUAAAACGCCCGCAACAAAGAAACAAAAUCCACAAAAGAAAGUGAAUGCCAAAUCAAAAGCGACUCCCACUGCCAGUAUUAAUAAAAGCAAAGAAGAAUCCGAUAAAGACGAGUCCAACGAGGAUUCCGAAUCGGAUACGAAGGAUAAUAAUAAAAAAGCUGCAAACAAGAAACCCAGUCAAAAAUCAAAGAUAAUCAAAAAAGCAAGUGCUUCGAAAAAAGUGAUCAAAAAAUCAGAGAAACAAAAAUCAAAAGAAGAAAGUGAAUCGGAGGAUGAAGAAGAAAAUAACUCAGAUUCGUCAGAUUCUUCGGUGUUGACGCGGAUGCAACAGAGACGCGCCGCGAAAACGCGUCAUAUGAAGAAAUACGGGUUUUGGAGCGGACCGAAGAGACAUCGUGAGGCUUCGUUAAAUGCGUUGGCGAAAGUUCAUUGUUUGUAUGAAAAUGAAUCUCGUUCGGCUUUGGAGCAAAAUCUCAUAAAAGCCGCUAAACUGGAAAGCUUAAAGGAAUUACAAAAGAUUAAAAAUGAGCAGAAUAAGAAAGAAGAGGAAAAGUCGAACGAUGAAGAGGAAAAAGAAGAGGAAAAGGAAAGUAAAAGCGACAAAAAUGAAGAAAGUUCGGAGGAAAGUGAACCGGAAGAAGAGAAUAAGAGGGCACUUCGAACUGCAGCAGGCGUUCGUGGCGUAGGCAAAUUUUGGGAAAAUGAUGAAUCUAAUUUAAGUUCCGACCAAGAAUCAAUCGCACAAAAGAAACUCAAAAUGAAGAAAGUUAAGGUCAAAGACGAAAAAGAAUCUGAAACUACUGAAUCUCAAACGAACAAGAAAAAACCUGUCGUCAAAACCGCAAAAGCUCCUCCAAAGAAAAAAAUCGUCAGUAAAGUCCCAUUGAAAAAGCGUCCCGUUAAUUUACCAAAAUCCACAAGUAAAUCUUCUGACGAGAGCAAUUCCGACGAAUCCUCUUCCGAAUCGGAAGACGAAUCAAAGAAAAAGGACGCCGGAAAACGUAAACGUAAUAAUUCCACUUCUUCGAUGGAUUUCAAGAAUGUUGUCACGAAAAAGCGAAUGGCGUCUCUUAAUGCGACGGCGAUGUUAGCUGCUACGUACGAAGUUGAACGAGCCAUUGACAAACAGCUGUCCGAACAAACGCCAAAAUUGGAAAAAGCUGAAAAGGCCGAAAACAAAAAAUCAAACGAAAAAGAUGAAAAAUCAACGGAAAAGAAAGCAAAAGAAACGACAGAAAAGUCGGAAAAAGGACAAAAAGAGAAGCCUGCGACAAAAAAGGCACCGAAAAAACCAAAAGAAAAAGACGGAAAGGAUUCGGACGACAAAGAAAAAACGACAAAAAAGAAGCCCGUUAAAGAAAAAUCUGACGUAAAAGACAAAGAAAAGAUCAAAAAGGAGCCAAAUGACAUCAAAAAAGUCAAACAGGAAAGACGUGACAGUCCCACAAAAAUUAAAAAUUUGAAAUACGAAGCCGAUGAACCAAUUCGACCCGUUUCUACGAGUGUCGUCAUCGUGCAAGAUACUGACGUCACAAUUACCGGCGUUUAUGUCAACUCGACGCAAGGCACCAACCAAGAGGCUUACUGCAAAAUGCAAUAUCGCGUUCAAUCGAGUGUCACAGAGGAACGUGUUGUACGUCCUGCAACAAAUGAACCUCCAAAGUCCUAUACGCCACUGAAUGCAAUUGCGAGCAUGAGACCGCCUGUUGAACAAAUGAAUCCAAUACAUUAUGGUCAACCGCCAAUGUGUGAUUCGCCGUAUUUGGAUCGUAACUAUCCGCCGCCGCCUCCGCCGUCAGCUGUUCCGGCAUCCAGCAGUGCAUUCUGCUCGCCAAUGCCACCGCAUCAUGACCCCAACUCUGGAUAUUAUCAACCGGCUGGUCCGUUGAUCUCGUCACACUUGUUACAACCACAAACGCAACCUCCGAAGACUUCGACGAUAGAUUCAGAUGCGCGAUCGCAGCCGCCAGCAGCUGCGGGAGAUGCUGAUUCGGAUGUUUUGAUCACAGGAGCUGAUCGUCCUCCCCAACCAUACAGAUAUGGUCCCCAAGGCCCGCAAGGACUUUACGCAAGACCCGUACAUCAAAUGCAUUGCCCAACAUACGCGCCAAACUACUAUUCGCCGUAUCCGCAGCAUCCGCAAGAGAUGUGCUAUCCCUAUCAGGGUCCCUAUUACCCGCCAAAACCUUAUCCUCCAUCGCCAUUUCCCGGCAGAUACGCUUAUUCGUACGGACCUCCUCCGCCAGGCCCAAGCGAAAUGUAUGACAGACCUCCUCCGCAAAAUGCUCCGCCAUCAGCAGGACCGAUAGUUGCUGCAGGCCCAAGCGUUCCGCAACACAUGGAACAUUAUCCAGGCCCGCAACCGUAUUAUCCGAAUUACAAUCCUCCGGGAAGUCAAUGUUAUUCGAGAGGCAUUCAACCACCGUAUAUGGAUCCCUCACAUUACCAAAACACAUGCCCAUGUCCGAUGCAAUCGUGUCCAAAAAACGUCCUUACUGGGCCUCUUAUUGGUAGCAAAGCCAGUAAAGGCCCAGUUAAAACGGAACCCUUAAUUGCAAACACAAACAACGGCAGCAGUUGCAGUACGUCGUCAUCUACGGCGCCAAAUAUUGCUUCAACGCAAAAUACUGCAGCGCCCAUAAUAACGUGCAAAACCGAAGAAUUAUCGCCGUUACCGAAGCACAUCAUCAUCAAGCCCGAACAAGGCAACAAUUCCAGUGCAAAUACCGAUAACGUCGACUAUCCCGAGCAAAUUGUGCAUGCUCCGUUACCAAUCAACCCAAAUUACGUCGUGCAUCCCGAAUUAGGAUGUCCCGAAAAUUCUGUUAGUCCAGCACGAGGCUCCAUUGGAUUGCCUCAAGCUGUGCCUCUGACACGUGCUGAAAUCGCACAAAGUGACGCAACAGCUCCGAUUCAGCGACGACCUCGCAUUGGCAAAUCCAUGGAACGUGAGAGGCUAAAUUUUCCAAAUGGCUGUCCCCUAACCGAUGCGGGGGGGACAACAACGAUGACGCAACUCGUCGACAAAAGUAGCGAGAUAAUGUCUGCGAUAAAGACAGAAAUUAAGCAAGAAUCGUCUGCGGUGAAGGUAAAACAGGAGGAAAUCGAAGAGAUUUUGAGUUCGGAAGAGGAAAAGAUGGAAAUUGAGUCUGUGAGCAGUACAAUGACAAUUCCGCAACCAAAUACCGUUUGUCGAAACACAAGUACACCGAGAAAAUUGACACCGUUUACCAUUGAGGCGCUUGUGAGUAGCGACAGUAAUCACGGGACAAAAGCCAGCAGCGUUUGCAGCAACGCCAGUACAAAUAUCAGUAAGCGAAAAGAUCUUCAGCACGAUGAGGAUAGUGAUAACAGUGUGAUACGCAUCGAGGACAACAGUUCGCCCGACAUACCGGUUAAGCGACGAAAGCUUCUCAGCGACACAAAUCCUCUUGCACCGAAAAAAUCCCCGCCAAACAGUUACAAAUGUCUCAUCAAACAAGCAACAUUCAAGAAUUACUUGCCCGAGACGAAACCUGAAGAUGAACUACCAGCGACGAAUGAAGACACAAAGGCACCAACAACUCACAGUAACAGUACAAAUAAAUCGACUACCUCGUCAAAUGAUGAUCCCGUUGUCGUCGAAAAAGCCCAAAAGAAGAAAUCUUUGAUCAAACGCAGUCGACGAAGAAAGGGCAUGAAAACGAAGAAAGUCGUAUUAAAGAUUAAACAACGCAUGAUCGCAAUCCCGAAGAAUCUCAGAAGAAAACGAAAGUUAAGGAUGAAAAAAUUGAAACAAGUUACCCCGAAAGAGGAAUGCGUUGAUUUUGUCGACAUGACCACCGAAGACGAUCACGAACAAAAAGUCAAAGAAGAACUCCCCAUCAACGUUUCAUCCCCAAGUGUCGAAGAAGUGCACGACGAAGAUCAAGACAUUACAGAAAUUAGUUCAACAAUGUCUGAAAAAGCUGAUUCCAUGAUCAAAGAAGAACUUUGUGAACAACAAUCAGCUCCAACGGAAGAUAUCAAGACAGAAGAAACGCGUGUCUUUGAACACGACAACGAGACAUGUUCAACAGUUCUUGCUGAAACAGGAACAUCUACGCCAACAUCACAAAUGACAAAUAUUGAUCUCACUAUUGACAUGGUAGCACGCGGAUAUUUCUCGGAGCCAGAAAUACUAAAUUCAUUCGCGAAAAAUCGAUUGAAGAAGUUGAAACAGCAAGAAGGACGCUCAAAAUCAGAAACGAGUCGUGAAAAGCAAGACAAACUGAAUCAAAUUCUGAAGGCAAAAGCGAAGGAGUUGAAGGCAAAGAAGCGUGAAGCGAAAAAGGCGGAAAAAGAGAUGAAGAAGGCGAUGAAAAAGAAUGGCAAACAAGCAUCUGUUGUUGAAGAAAGGGAAAAAUUACCUCCUGUGACGGAAGAAGUUGUCGAAGAAAAGGAUGAAAAAGAAAUUUCUGAAGAAACAAAAGAAGUUGCAGCAGAAAAACCGAAAGUAAAGAAAGGAAGAAAACCAAAGAAUGCAAAUGCGAAAGAAGAAAAGAAAGUCAAACGAACGAAGAAACAAAAGAAAAUCCUUGACAAAGACGUGGAAAACGAAAAACCAAUCGACGAAAAUGAAACAAAAACUUCUGUCACAAUCAACAACAACAUCAUCAUUCCUCCGAUAAUUGACGAUGAGCUUCCAUUAGAGGAACUUGUCAAAAUCAAGAAACGCAAGGCGACAAAGCCUCCGAUCAUUGAAGUGACACGUAAGCCAAAACAAGCAAAGAAAAAGCCUCCCAAGCAAAUUCCCGCAACUGAAACGAUUGUACCUGUAACGACGCCUCUCACAAACACUGAUGCCUCUAAUGCCAAAGAUGACCUCAUCGCCGCACCCGAAGCGCUUCACGACUCAAAUAAUCUCGUGGAAACAGACACAGUUAAUAACAACAAGCUGAUCUUGUACAACAACGAUUGCAAUUUCAAGGUGCACAAGCCAGCGCAGAAACGUGGCAAGCACAGAAUCAAGUUUGGCAACAAGAAACGCCAUCGCACGAAUCACGCAAGUAAGGAAAUUGAAGAAGUGCUGAUACCACGUUCAGUUAACUCGAAGCCGAGAUGGUGCAAUGGAUGGUCAUGGCAUGGAAAGCCAUUCCAAGCAAAAGUUUUCUUGAAUAGCGAUGAUCCGCCUGUUUUACGAACAUGUUACCCUGCGAUGGUGCAUCAAACAGGAGACAUUAUACGGCCUAAAGAUUGUGUCUUACUCCGUGCUGGCAAUAAACGCACUGAAUUACCGUACGUUGCUAAAAUCGCCUAUCUGUGGGAAAAUCCUGAAGAUGGUGAAAUGAUGACGUCAUUACUUUGGUAUUAUCGCCCCGAGCACACAGAACAGGGUCGUCAACCAAUGGACAGUGCUGAGGAAGUUUUUGCAUCACGACACAAGGAUCACAACAGUGUCGCGUGUAUCGAAGACAAAUGUUAUGUACUAACAUUUAAUGAAUAUUGCCGAUACCGACGUCAAUUACGCGCUAUUGAAGAUGGCGUCACAGAAACCGUUUCUAUUGUUCCAAAACUGAAUCGUGAGAAUCCACGAUCACCCCCGCCCGCCACAUUACCAGACUUAGUGAUGUUCUGUCGACGCGUUUAUGAAUUCCGACUGAAACGUCUACUGAAGCAACCUAAUUAAAAUUUGACCAAAUUGCAUAAAAAACUUUUCGACAUAUCCUGUCAUAUUUCACAUAUAGUUCUAUUAAUAUAUAUAAAAAAAAAUCAAUCACAGGGAAGAUUAGAACAUAUUUCGUACUGCAUCUAAAAAAAACAAGUAAAAACAUCAGAAAUUAAUGAUUAACACAAAACAUAUACAACACAGUAUCUAGUCUGAAAUCCUAAAGAAGACAUUGUCACAAAGGAAUUUUUUUCUAUUUUUUUUCAAUUUUCAUUUUUAUAAUUAAUUAUUAAUUUAUAAUAACUUUAAUUUAUAAAAAUAUUAAUAUAUGUUGAUUUUUAAUUUAAAACAACAAA